CCAUGAAUCGGAUCCCACCACCGAAACCGCCUCCUACGGAGAUCUACAAUGGUCUACACUCCCUAUGGGCCAAGACUGGCAUGACUGCGAACGAGUUCAGGGAGUUCACGAACUUGGUUGAGAACACCAGUGACAAGUACUUGAGUCCGCGUGGAUCCAUAAUUAACCAAGGUAGGCAGAUGCUCACAAAGCACUAUGCUGAGGUUGCGAAGUUAUGGCAUCACGAGGACAAGUACAAGGAUGACUGGCCCGUCCGCCUCUAUACAAAACUAUAUUUGGCCUCAGAUGAUGUAUGUAUACAGAUGGUUUUGAUCCCUGCCGGACGAGGUGCUGAUUAUGUGGUUCCGGCAUCGUUAGUGGCGCACAAGGCCAGAGAAAGUGAGUGUAUGCCUACUAUAGGUUUCUUCCUGGCAGCCUCACCCACGAGAACACAGAUGUCUACUAAGAAGAGACGUAAAUCCCGUGCUCCCAGCAUAUACAACCGUUCACCAAGUCCUGUGCAAAGCCCGCCCCCUCAGCGCGGCCGGAGACCCAGCCCAGUCCCAGCGCCAGCCACUCGCCGGCGCCGUGCAGUCUCUUACGUGGGCGAACCCGUGCAGGCAGCCCCUCAGGCUCGUCGGCCUGCACCCGAGCGCCGUGCAGCCUCCCGCCCGCCGGCGGAGCGCCAGGCCCGCCCGUUCACGCGCGCUGUAUCUCGCGCGUCCGCACGCCCCGUACCUGCCGCAGCGGCGUCGCUACACCCGGGCCCUGCAGUAUCACGCGCAGGGUCGCCCGACAUCGUCGUACGACCCCCGGCCCAGCCAGCAGCACCACGCGCCGGGCCACGCGUAGCGGUGUUGCGGCCGCGGGACAGGGAUCUCGUGGCGGGGGCCGCCGCCGUACAUGCGUUCUUCAGCAUGGAACCCCCGUUUUUGUCCGUGGAGACCGUCGACGACCUGAUCGAGCUCGGCGUGGUUAACAUGGACCGCUUGAGAGACCUCGCAAGCCUCUCGGACCGGAGCAUGUGGAUCAAUCGGUAUGUCGAGCUGAGCAGACUCGAGUACUGGAUUUUGAAGAGGAAGUUGGACAAGCUGGCCCCGGGGCUGUAGCCUGUACGGGGUUUGUGUUACUAAUUCCCUCGUUCUACUAGUGUUGAAUUGUUAUACAACUAUAGCUUGACGGUGUUGAGAGAUCGGUUGACGUGCUAUGAUACAUUCGUGACCAGCUGCAUUGGCAGUUGACUCACCAGAUAUUGCAGGCUGCACCGGCUGGCGCGAGCAGCCGCGUGCACUCCCCGCUCCGCAGACCAACACGCUCCAGCUCGGGGGCACAGAGGAGCUGCACGUCGUCGACGUCACGCCGAUCGCGUCCGACAUCGGUGACCCGCACUGUCACUCUGAGGGGAGGAUGCUGGCCCGGUGCGCCGGCGGACAUACCGAACUUCGAGUCGCGUUGGCUACAACUUGAAGGUAUAUGACACUUAUAC